AUGGGUGAUCGUUUGCGUCUUGAUCAUGUUCUGGCCAUCAUUCAGAGUGGAACGGGCUUAACCUUUGCAACAUUUGCAACAAUUCAUCUUGGUGGUCACUUACUCUCCCACAUCGAUUUCGACUUGUCGAAUUCAGUAUUGCAUGCUGUUAGACCAUACUAUCAGAAUGCGGUAGUCGAACCGAUAGUUGUCUUUGGAUCAGUGAUAAUUCACGCUGUUGUAUCUGUUACACGAUGGUAUCUAAGGAGAGGCCGAACGUCGGGUGCAGCAAAGGAGAAUUCUACAGUGCCGUACGCUGUUAGUGAGCGUAAGUGGCACCGGAAUAUGGGAUGGGUGCUUCUGCCACUGUUCUGUAUCCACUCGAAUGCUACAAGGAUUGGACUUUUAAAGGGGUACGCGCUGGACAAAAUGCCCAAUUUUGAUUUGUAUCAGGCAUCUCUUCCGGCGCAUCUGUUCCCAAUGUUCUUCACUCCAUACUACAGUCUCUUGACGGGAGGUCUGCUGAUCCACAUGGCGUACGGAAUCGGUUAUGCAAUGCAAACAUUCGGUGUCAAGAUGCCUACAAUCCAGGACAAAGACAAACGUACAAUCUGGUAUUAUGCUCUCGCUGCUAUAGGUAUUUCCACCACACUCGCCGUAUCUGGAUACUACUACAAUGUCCGGUUUACUCCAGAACAUAUCAAAAUAGCUUCCGGAAUCGCUGCUGAUCUGCAUCCGGACCAGUUGUUUGUAAAGAAUGCUAUUGCCAAGAUGUUUGGAUCUCAGUAUGUUACGAACUGGAAGUGA